UCGAGUACGUUGUCCAUUGGACUAACGUUAUCGACAACUUUCAAUAAGUCGAUGUAAUAUUUAAGUUGUGGGCCUAUUUGGGUUUAAGGAUAAGAAAAAACAUUUUACCAUCCCGAGCGGUAUGUUAUCGAUCGCGCAUCUCAUGUUACCGCUCGGGGUGCCUCACUUUAGGAUGGGGCUUUGCGCUUCUAUUAAGGUCUAUCUUCGUUGGCUAAUGUGAAUUAUAACCUAAAAUUCAUGACAAGCACGUGUUUUGUUGUGAGGUGUUUUUACGUACGUUUCUGAGAUAGCAAAUGAGUGUUGAGUUUGUUUUGAUAGUAUAACAAAUAAUUAAAACGCAAAAAUGGCAAAGUUUUGCCUGAAAAAAUCCAGUAAGAGAAUUCAGGCACGUAAGCGUUACAAGAUUGAGAAAAAAGUAAGAGAUCACAACAAAAAAUUGAAGAAAGAAGCAAAAAAGCAUCCUAAGAAAAAACAGAAGAUUAUUCAAGUACCUAAUCAAUGUCCUUUCAAAGAAGACAUCUUAAAAGAAGUAGAGGCAUUGAAGAAGCAGAAGGAAGAAGAAAAACAGAAACGUAAAGAAGAAGCAAAACAGAGAAAACGCGAGGAACUCGAAAAGGCUGGCUUAGCAGGUUUGGUAGCCAAUGCAGAAAACAAACAAAUGGAACAUGAUUCGUUAGAAACUAUUACGGAUAGCAAUAAAACUGAGAAAUUCGGAAAGAAAGAAGAAAAUUCUCUUAAAGCUUACUACAAAGAGUUUAAGAAAGUCUUGGACGAAGCAGAUGUCAUUCUAGAAGUUGUAGAUGCUAGAGAUCCUCUUGGAACUAGGUGCAAGCAAGUGGAGGAAGCUGUAAGAUUAGCAAAAGGAAAUAAAAGGCUUGUGAUUGUACUCAACAAAGCAGAUCUUGUACCACGAGAAAAUUUAGAUCAAUGGUUGAAGUAUUUGCGUAAAAGUUUACCCGCAGUUGCAUUCAAAUCUUCCACACAAGACCAGGCAAAGAGGCUGGGUAGAAGAAAGCUUGGCAAAAAAAGUGAAGAAAAUAUCCAAGGUGGAACUUGUUUCGGAGCAGAAUUAUUGUUAUCUUUACUUGGUAACUAUUGUAGAAGUACCGGAAAUACUAAGGCUAGUAUUCAUGUCGGUGUGGUGGGUCUUCCCAAUGUAGGAAAAUCUAGUGUCAUAAAUUCAUUGAAAAGAAGCAAGGCUUGUAACAUUGGAAAUACACCUGGUGUCACAAAAUCAAUGCAAGUUGUACAACUUGAUUCUAAAAUAAAGCUUCUAGAUUCGCCGGGCAUAGUAUUUGAAAACUCAAAGGAUGCCGAUGCAUCGGCUGUCGCAUUGAAAAAUGCCGUAAAGAUUGAAUCUUUACACGAUCCUUUCACGCCUGCAAGUGUGAUCUUAAAACGUAUUUCAACUCACCAAUUAAUGGAGAUGUACGAUGUAACUGAAUUCACGACGCCAGAAGAAUUCUUUGCCAAGAAAGCUGCUAGGAUGGGAAAGUUUAGAAAAGGUGGCAUACCUGAUACCUUAGCUGCUGCACGUAGCAUUCUUACAGAUUGGAAUUCAGGCAAAAUAAGGUAUUACACUGUACCACCUGAGGAUAAAAAUACACAUGUCUCUGCUAGUAUUUUGACUUCUUCUAUGAAAGAAUUCGACAUUGAGAGCUUUGCUGCUGAAGAAAAAAUGGUGCUGGACAGUUUGGCAUCGGACAGUUCAAAGUCUGUACUAGACCCAUUAGAAAUUUCCAGUACUGGACCUGUCGAGUCAACUAUGGACGUUGAAGGAGAAAAUGAAUCUGAGGUAAAAGUUCAAAGUAAAAAAGGAAACAAAAAGAAGACGGCAGAUGAUAAGAAAAAUGUACCUGUUCAAAGGAAAAAGAAAGUCGACCCCAUAUUCGAAAUAGAAGGGAAUCAGCAAUUGAAUCAAAUUAAGAAGCUGGCGUUUAAGAAACAGAAGAAACAAGCGGCAAGAAGUGCAAAGAAAGCUGGAGUAUUGGCUGAUGUCUUGAGUGGAGUAAACCUAAAGACGGACGAUAACUAUGACUUUAAAACAGACUUUUCUAUUAAAUAAAUAGAUUUAUUUAUAUAGUUAUUAUAUAUUAUUACCUAAAUAAAUUUUUUUUAAAUCUUA